GCCGCGGGUGUGGAAGCGGUCGGCGCUCGCGGUGCGGCAGGAUGGAGUCGUCGCUCCGCCGCCCGGGCCCCCGCGGGGACAGUGCCUUUGAAGAUGAGACCAUGAAGCUCAGGCAGCUGAAACUGGAUAACCAGAGAGCGCUGCUGGAGAAGAAGCAGAGGAAGAAGCGCCUGGAGCCGCUCAUGGUGCAGCCGAACCUGGAGGCCCGGCCGCGGCGGGCAAGGCCGAGGGGCUGCGAGGAGCACGCUCUGCUGGUGGAACCCCAGGCCCCGCACGGCGGCGUCGUCCUGCAGGGUGUGUGCUCAGGCAGCGUCCCUUCCCGCUGCCACAGGGCUCUCACAGACCUGGGGGAAGGCAGAGCCUUUUCAGGCAUUGAUGGUCCUGCUGCCUUCCUGAAGCCGGAUGCUCAGGAUGUGGACACCAGACUUCACGUUCUCACGGUAGGCUCCUCUGCCACUGAGGACACUGAAGGGAGCGCAGAUGGGGAGAGUGCACAGGACCCCGCCUCCAAGCCGGACCUGCAGGAGGUUCUCCGAAAGCACGGGAUCUCAGGGAGUUUGAACUUUGACGAGGAGGAGACUGAUGGGGAAGAAGGAGAAGGGAACCAACUAAGGUCUCAGUCGCCGUGUUCAGAGGCAGAGAGGCCCAGUUCUGCAUCCAGCCAGAAGCCAGCCCCGGGCGCAGGGGCCUCCGGGACCGCAUCCCCGCACUCUGACAUUCAGCUGGGAGAAAUGGAGGACUUGGAAGGCUUUGCAUACAGUCCUGCCCCACGAGGUGUCACAGUGAAGUGCCGGAUAACCCGGGACAAGAAAGGAAUGGACCGGGGGCUCUUCCCCACCUACUACAUGCACUUGGAAAAGGAUGAGGAUCGCAAGAUAUUUCUUCUUGCAGGUAGGAAGCGGAAAAAGAGCAAGACAUCCAACUACCUCAUCUCCACGGACCCCACAGACCUGUCCCGAGAAGGGGAGAGCUAUAUUGGCAAGCUCAGGUCCAACCUCAUGGGGACUAAGUUCACCGUGUAUGACCACGGUGUGAGCCCGGCCAAGGCCCAGGGCCUGGUGGAGAAGGCCUACAUGCGUCAGGAGCUGGCCGCCGUGUGCUACGAGACAAAUGUACUUGGAUUUAAAGGCCCGAGGAAAAUGUCUGUGAUCAUCCCUGGGAUGAAUAUGAAUCAUGAACGGAUUCCUUUUCAGCCACGAAAUGACCACGAGAGCUUGCUUUCAAAAUGGCAGAACAAAGCCAUGGAGAACUUGAUUGAGCUGCACAACAAGUCCCCGGUCUGGAACGAUGACACCCAGUCCUACGUCCUGAACUUCCACGGCCGGGUCACCCAGGCGUCUGUGAAGAACUUCCAGAUCGUCCACGACAAUGACCCUGACUACAUAAUCAUGCAGUUUGGACGCGUGGCCGACGACGUGUUCACGCUGGACUACAACUACCCGCUCUGCGCGCUCCAGGCCUUUGCCAUCGGACUCUCCAGCUUUGACAGCAAGCUGGCCUGCGAGUGAGGCCGAGCAGGCGGAGCAGGGCGCUCUCGCCCCAGGACACCCAGAGCAAGAGGCUGCCCCUGUGGAGUGGUCCCUGGAAGUGUGUGUAUAGAUGUGUGUGGAUUCACAUACGUGUGCGUGCACAUAUAUGUUUGUACACCCCCACUCCCUGGUCACAUAGCCCUGGUCAGGGAUCAUGGCUCAACUCGGGUAAGAGGCUUUGCAGAGCACAGGAGUGAUCUGACGUUAUCGUCCAGCCGUCAGAGUCUCGUUUUUGGAAAUUCGCAGCCAGAAUCAGCUUGACUUCCCUUUCCUGCAGACCUUCUCAGAGAGGGAUAGUUCCCUCAGUGAUCUUCAGUCUCCAGGUCUGCAGACUUUUUCUGAAAAUGGCCAGUUCAUCCAUGGAGAUGUGACCGUCCCCAGUUUCCAGGGUCUCUGUACUGCCCUGGGCCUGGCGGUCUUCCAUAAUGGGCCUGUGGUCACGAGAGCACCUGGGGGACGACUGCCUCCAGGAGUGCAGGUCGCAGCUGAGGCCCUGUCUGCUGCGACAUAGCCUUCCCCGUGUCCUGCCCACAGAGGUUUGCAGAGUGUCACUUACCAUCAGUGGUCAUUCCAAGUCCCCCCAACACCUGCCUCACCCACGGGGGAGGGGCUCCGGGAGAAGUGCUCGCUCCCUGCUGUCUUUUGUCAGUGGGCAAGGGUGGGGUGGGGGAGUGCGGCGCCCAUUCCCCAGAGCCAGCCGCUCCACUUGGGGGCUCAGGAGUCACCUGAUCAUGAUCCCCUCUUCCCUCAAGGCUGGCCGCCUGGCUCCUGUCUCAGUCAAGGUGGCUGUGGUCCAAUUUGUGAUCAGUGAUGUGAGAAAUUUACAAAUUGUCUUAAUCGUGGUUUAGGCUGGAAGCGUGGACUUCAGAGGGACCUGACCUGGUCAGGUCAUGGCUGAGAAGCUUUGACGUGGCCUUCACCUUCUCAGCCCCGAGCACCUCCCUCGAUGGGUUACCGUGGAGCCGUUAGUGCAGACACACCUGCCGCCCCAUGGGAGGGAGAGAACCGUGUGGGUGUGUAAACCUGCCAUUGUCACCAUCCAGGGUGAGGACGCUCAGGCCUCUCUUCUCAAGGCAAGUGUCGUUAGCCCCAAGGCCUGGCUCCCUCAGCCAGGUCACGUCCUAUCACUUGUGCUCGCAGAUUGUAAGCGUUUUGCUAUUUUGUUCAGAUUAUUAGCCUCUCCCAACAAAUUGCAUGGCUCUGCUGCCGGUUGACGGCCUGCUCGGGCACCCACAUCCUGACUCAGGAGCGCCAUGAGCUCCACGUUGCCGUCGGUCACCCCCAGGCCUGUCUGCUAGCCUGGUGUUGGGCGGCAGCCUCUGUUGCUCCUUCUAUUUCCUUAUGUGGACGUCCUUUCUGUCCCUGCUUCCUGUCCCUGCUCCACAUCAAACAGCAGUGGAAGGAAAGAGACUAGGGGUGAGCCGACCCAUAGCUCACCCCACCCGCAUGUCUACUGCUCUGUCCUGACCUGGCGGUCAUCUCAGGCUGCGUCCUUCAAGUGCCUCAGUCCUCAGGUGCCCUUCCCCCGCUGGCCUCUCCUGAGGCUGCUCACUUGCCUCCAGCAGGGGAUAUGAAGUGUUUUGGGAGGGACCUGGGGGGCGGCUGAUCUGACCUGCCUCUUGCCCCAGCUCUGGCGCAGAUACACCCCGGCCUCCUGUCCUUCCUGCUCAAGUGUGCAGGUGAUCAGUUUUACAUAUUUAUACUUUUUGUACGCUACAGAAAUAAAAAGUGAU